UCAAUUUGCCUAGUCUCAAUUUGAUUCACUUAACCCGCCACGAUGUCUGACUACGGGGAUCACGACGCUGAGGAAAAUUACGACUACGAGCCGGAGCAGGAGUACGAUGACAACGAGCCCGAAGACUUCAUAAACCCCGAGGAUGUCGACGUCGCGGAGGGAGGUGCCGAUGACUAUGGCGAGAGCUCAUACGCGCCUGCUGUCAAUGGAGAUCGCGUUGUCGUUUCAGGCGACCCGAAUGCGGGGUAUGCGGGCAAGGUCAUGGAACAGGCGCGGGAGAAGAAGGUACCGAACGACCAGCGCACGACAACCCCAUACAUGACCAAGUACGAGCGCGCGCGUGUUCUGGGUACUCGCGCUCUGCAGAUCAGUAUGAACGCCCCGGUACUUGUCGACCUUGAGGGCGAGACGGAUCCUUUGCAGAUCGCCAUCAAGGAGUUGAACCAGAAGAAGAUUCCCCUGAUUGUGCGGAGGUAUCUUCCCGACGGAUGGUACGAGGACUGGACCUGCGAAGAAUUGCUCUAGACGCGAGGAUGGCAUGGGAGGUUGUAUAUUCACAAAUGGCUUUUUGUUUUCUUUAUUGUGUAUGUCUUUGGUCUAAGAUCUUUCCCCCUGGGCAGCAUAGCGUUUGGAGUUUGGGAGUAGGGUAGCGGGCCACAACGGCCUAGGCAGCCUCUGGGUCACUGGGAAGCCAAGAAAACUCAAAAGAAUAACGCAUUGCAGUCUAUAUCAGUAAAAUAAAAGAAAAGUUUGAUG